UUCUGGUUUGUGUGGUUUGUUUACCUAUGCUCAUCACUGCAGCUGGGAGAGAGCAUUAAUCAUUAAUGUUCUCUCCCAACUGCAGCGUUGAUCAUAGGCGAUACUUACUUCACUGCUUGUGUUUAAUUCCAAUUUAGAGGUUGUCAAAGUUAAGGAUUUGCAGUUUUAAUUACACACUUUAAAAUCUAUUCAGACUUAGCUUCCUUGACCUGUUUGAAAGUCUGUACUGACAAUCGUGCUCGAUAAAAUUACAAAUUGCAAAAUUAGAAUGGUGAUACUUAACUACGAGCAAUAUAGUGAAAUUCAGCAGUUCAUCCACAAAUUCCGCGGCUUAUCAAUCGAUUGCAAUCGGAAACUGGUUAAAGAAUUCCCGCAACAUAGCCCAGAUAUGCUUGGAAGCAUACUAGCUCGAGAAGUGCGCCAACGUCUUAAACAGUCGCAUGCAAAAAUCAGUGCCCGAGCGGAGGAUUUGUUAGCAGAUUACGCCAGAAAGUCUAAAGCGACUAAAUCAUUGGAUGUUUUGCUAAAAAUGGCAAUAUCUUUGCGAAUCCCUCCCUUGUCGCUUUGUCGGAUUAUUCUACUCAAAAAGUAUCCCAGCAAAGCAAAAUCAGACAUUACCGAAAUGAUUCGUAAUCCAGACCUGAUACAGGAUUCAUUGCUUGGUGCAAAUGUGGGUUAUUGUAUAUACAACGAAAAUAUGGAAGGACCGAUCACGGAUACGAUACGCAGGUGUAUCGGUGAAGAGUAUGAGAUGAAAUUGAAGAAGAUGGCCCGGGACGCAGGGUUGGUGUUUCACGAUGAAGGUGAUCUUAGGCGGACUGGCUAUGAUAAAACUCCGGAUUUAAAGUUGGCCAUUCCCUGUCUUUACAAGGGACGCGUGGUAAACUGGAUCGAGAGUAAGGCUUCCUUCGGUGACAUGGAGACACACUUGAGUUACGUAAGGGAUCAGUUGAUAAGUUACGGGAACAGAUUCGGCAGUGGGAUUGUUAUCUACUGGUUUGGUUACCUUGAUAUGAUAGCGGAUUGCGCCGAAAAUGGAGAUUGCAUUACGGUGGUUGACAAGUUUCCUACGCCUGGUGAGCUUGAGUUCCUUACCUUCAACAUUCCAGAAGCUUGUCGCAAGGAACUAGACAAAUUGAGCAGUUAGUUUUGAAAACAUUGUAGUUUUCUAAAUACCCUUUUAUUCAUUACAUAAAAUAGCUUAUACAGUUUUUCAGUCUAAUCUCAUUCUGAAAUGUAAGAACAUAGAAAUAGAAUGCUUUAUUUCAAAA